GGGCGAGGAGCUGCGCACGCGCGGGGAUGCGCGCCCGGCCUGUUGCUGUGGAAACGGCUCGGCCAGCGCACCCCGGAAUCCCUGCACGCCUAGGUGGGAGCCGGUGGACCCUGCACCCGGCCGGCCGCACCUCCGCUUCCCGGUGUGUGAGGGUUCGGGCCUCCAGCCGGGGAGUUCACCCCUCGGGCUCGUCAGUAGGGCUGUGGCUGUGGCCUCUUCCCGCAGCGCCAGGCUCCGCCCGGCCCCGAAGUCGGCUUAGGUGCUUUCCGUGCACUGCGGUUGGGUGGAAAAACCCACUCCUGGUUGUUUAGACGUUGGCCUGCAGAAGAUGUCAUUUCUGUAUUUCUCUCAGGCAGGAAGUCAUUAUGCAACUUACACAUUUUCAUCAGAUUUCCUCUGAUUUACCCUGACAUGUACGUGGGAAUGAUGUGCACUGCCAAGAAAUGUGGGAUUCGGUUUCAGCCUCCAGCUAUUGUCUUAAUCUAUGAGAGUGAAACCAAGGGGAAAAUUCGCCAGCGCAUUAUGCCAGUUCGAAACUUUUCAAAGUUUUCAGAUUGCACCAGAGCUGCUGAACAAUUAAAGAAUAAUCCACGACACAAGAGUUACCUAGAACAAGUAUCCCUGAGGCAGCUAGAGAAGCUAUUCAGUUUUUUACGAGGUUACUUGUCAGGGCAGAGUUUGGCAGAAACAAUGGAACAAAUUCGAAGGGAAACAACCAUUGAUCCUGAGGAAGACCUGAACAAACUAGAUGACAAGGAGCUUGCCAAAAGGAAGAGCAUCAUGGAUGAACUUUUUGAGAAAAAUCAGAAGAAGAAGGAUGAUCCAAAUUUUGUUUAUGACAUUGAGGUUGAAUUCCCACAGGACGAUCAACUGCAGUCCUGUGGCUGGGACACAGAGUCAGCUGAUGAGUUCUGAUACCAACCACCCAAAACCUGCAUCGGGCCAACAGAACAUCCGUGUUUAUUACCAGACUGGUUCUGGAAAAAGCUUUAAAGAAUACUAAAUAUAUAUGUGGGGUUAUAGGGGAUUGACCAUGUUACUUUUCAAAACCAGGACAUUUAAAGCAUCUACUAGGUACGUGCAGGAGGAAUGUGUGAAAAACAGAAUAAAGGAAUCUGCCUUUAAGGAGCUUACAAUCAUGCCGGGUGCAGUGGCUCACACCUGUAAUCCCAGCACUUUGGGAGGCCGAGGCGGGUGGAUCACCUGAGGUCAGGAGUUCCAGACCAGCCUGGCCGACAUGGUGAAACCUCGCCUCUACUAAAAAUAAAAAAAUUAGCUGGGCGUGGUGGCGGGUGCCUGUAAUCCCAGCUACUCGGGAGGCUGAGGCAGGAGAAUCGCUUGAACCCGGGAGGCGGAGGUUGCAGUAAGCCGAGAUCGCACCACUGCACUCCAGCCUGGGCGACAAGCAAACUCCGUCUCAAAAAAAAAAAAAAGCUUACUAUCUAACUGGAAGAUGUCAAAACCUGUGAAAAACUAAUUAGCAGUAUUAAGCAACAAAAACAUUAGAGCCAAAUGCAUGAUAAAGGCUAAAGAAGGCCAGAGCAUAUAUUACUGUAGAGUAGAACAGUAAGGGAAGGCUUUGUCCUUUGGUAAAGAGAUAGGAGUUGGCCUGGCCCUUGACAUAGUAGUGUUUAGGUAUAUGCUUGUGUGGAUUCCUAAUAAGAGCGACUGAAAAGAAGGAGAUGGGAAGUAGUAAAAGGACAAGAAACAAAAUUUUUUUUGAGGAAUGAUAAAGCAAAUUAUAGUUUGACAAGAUUGGGGGUCAUAUAUGGUUACCAGGGCAUUACCUCAUAUGUGUUAUAUCUUUAUAUGUAUUUAUCUCUGGAAAAGCAUGCCCUGCAAAAUUCCCUACAGCUGCAAGCAGAUGUCACUGGAUGGACAGAGGGGAAUUCUGCCCCUCCGGUAUCAGGAAAUUAUAUAUUAAAGACAUUGUGAAACGCUGAACCUCUUCCCUUAAAUAAUAGGUUUGUUUGUAAAAUGGGAAAUCCACCCAUAAUAAAUGAACAAUAGGCACGGCCAGUUUAGGUCUGUUCAUGACUGGAUCUGCAAGAAAGCAUCUUCGUUUAACAACAGCGUCUGUGAUUUGAUAUGUUUAUCCUUAUUACAGUAUUGUAGAAUUGGUAGAAAUUCUGUUUUCUACAAGGAAACUGAUGUUUAUUAAAUAAAACUGAAAAUAAUUACUCA